AUGGGUUCAAUUGCGCCGGAAAAAUGCUACAAGGUUUUGAUUGUGGGGGCGGGCUUCAGCGGCCUCUAUAUGUUGAACAGUCUCAGGAAAUCGGGAUACUCUGUACGACUUUUGGAGGCGGGAGCCAAAGCGGGAGGCGUCUGGUACUGGAAUUCCUAUCCUGGAGCCCGGGUAGACUUGGAGGUACCACAGUAUCAGUUUACAGCCGAAGAGACCUGGAAGCGAUGGGACUGGAAACAGCGAUACCCGAGCCGAGACGAGUUGGUCGCCUACUUUGAGCACAUUACCAAAGUCUGGGCCUUGUGCGGCGAUAUCGACUUCAACACGAGGGUCGAAAGCGCUCGGUGGGACAAGGACACAUCACAGUGGCGGAUUGUUGCCCAAGCCGGUGAACAGCAGUUUUACCGCAGCAAGUUUCUGUGCCUCUGCACCGGCUUCGCCGCCAAACCAUUCGUACCACCCUACCCGGGCUUGGACAGCUUCAAAGGCACCAUCCUGCAUACAUCCCACUGGCCACAGGAGAAGGUCGACCUGACGAACAAGAGGGUAGGGAUAGUUGGCACCGGCGCCUCCGGAGUCCAAGCCAUACAGGAAAUAGGCAAGGUCGCUGCUCAUCUGACCGUGUUCCAACGGACUCCGAACAAUGCCAUCCCCAUACGCAAUCCCACGCUGGAUCGAGAACAAAACCAAAACCUGAGGGACAGGUUCGUCGAAUUGCGCAAGUCACAGCUGACCACCUUUGGCGGGUUCCUCUAUGACUUCGUGCCGGGAAAGACGACCGAUUUGUCCGACGCUGAACGACUCGGGUUCUACGAGAAACUCUGGGGCGGCGGAGGGUUGCAAUUCCAGCUGGGCAAUUACACCGACAUGAUGUUCGACCCGGCUGCGAAUGCCCUGGCAUACCAGUUCUGGCGCGAAAAGACAUUGCCCAGGAUCAAAGAUGGCAAAAAGGCCGAGAUCCUGGCACCCAAGAACCCGAUCCAUCCGUUUGGAACCAAGCGGAUAAGCCUCGAACAUGAUUACUUUGAAACCUUCAACAGACCGAACGUGGAUCUGGUCAAUCUGCUGGAGAACCCGAUUGCGCAGAUGACGCCCGAGGGAGUCCAGACGGCCGACGGAGUGACUCGCGAGCUUGACACCCUCGUCAUGGCCACGGGAUUUGAUGCCAUCACUGGGGGAAUCACGCAGAUCGACCUUCGUGGAGCCUCCGGGCAGCGCAUCACGGACAAGUGGCACGACGGCGUCUACACGUACCUGGGCAUGACGGUGCACGACUUCCCCAACAUGUUCAUCGUCUACGGUCCGCAGGCACCCACGGCCUUCUCUGCAGGGCCCGUGUCGGUGGAGUUCCAGGGCGACUGGAUCGUCGACUGCCUCAAUUACAUGAAGCAGAACGAUCUGACAGUCAUCAACGCCACGGCAGAGGCCGAGCGUGAGUGGAAAGCUCACGUCAAUGACAUUGGUGGCCGGGGCUUGUUCGACCAGGCCCAGAGCUGGUAUUUCGGCGCCAACAUCCCUGGAAAGCCGCGUGAAGCCCUGCUCUAUAUGGCCGGCCUACCCGCCUACUCGGAGAAAUGUCUGAACAGCUCUCGACACGGCUAUAAAGGCUUUGAGAUCAAAUGA